AUUCGUAUGUGAGACGUUGAACAAAACAGUCGUUCGUUUUUAUUUUAGAAAAUAUAAAUCAACCUAUAAUAAUAGAGAAAAAAGAAAAAAAUAUUGACUCUAUCUGAACGUUUUAAAAAUUGAAUUAACAUCAAAUUGUGUUGUUUCGAUUUUGAAAGAAAAAUUUGCUUUGGCUGUUAAAUAUAUCGAUGAGGUUAUUCAGCCGACAGUUUUUUAAUAAGUGAUUAUUAGUUAAUAAGCAAGCAAGAAGUUCAAUGCCAAAAAGAAUAUUUUAAAUAAGAUUUUUCUUGUGCCGAUUACAAAUAACAACGAGUUUGGUUUAAGUUUUUAGUGAAAUAUUUUAUGACAUAAGACCCCAAAUAGAUAUCAAUAAAAAAAAGUGAGACGAGAAGAGGAAAAAUUAUUUAGCUACACAAAUCUUGUAUGCUUAACUAACACCAUAAAAGUCAAUUAAGAGGCAAAAUACGAAAAAAAGUAUUCUAUUUUAUUUAUGAAAACUUUAUCCAUAAGAGUGCAGUGAAGUAUCAUCCGAAGUUUCGCGCAUUUUUAAAUUACUCGACAAAAGCGCAAACAAACUUUACAAUUUUGGAUUAUCACAGCAGAUCAAAAGUCACCAACAAGCAAAUGAGGAUUAAACGUGAAAGUCCUUGCUUGGGCCUCCGCUUUAUGCCCAUCAAACUCAUCUGUGUGUUGAGCGUGAGUCAUCGCAUCGCAGUUUCUCGUUGUGUUGUUGUUAUACGUUACACAGACAUAAUGUAUAGAUUUUGGAUGAACUGCAACCCUAUGAAAUGUAAACAAAUGUUAAAUUUCCUUCAAAGUUUCAUGAGCAAAAACAAUAACAACAACAAUGCAUCAUCCACCUCAAAUUGCGGCAGUAGCACGACAACAACAUCCAGCAGUAUGAACAAAAGACAUUGUGAUGAUUCGACGCUAGCGCCAGGCAGCUCAAGGAUACCUCUCACACGUAGUUGCUCUAGUCCAGCUGUUUCACAUGAAAUUGCUUCACCAGCAGACCACAAAGAAAAGUAA